AUGGCGGCAACCACAACCGCUUUACUUCCUGCCGGCUGCGGCGUGUGCGGGAAAACCGAGAACCUUCUGCGUUGUUCCCGCUGCAAAGUUAUGGCCUACUGCAGCCGCGAGCACCAAGUUGCCCACCACACUGAACACAAAUCUGCCUGCAGCGCCGUCGGCAAGAAGCGCGCCAUCCUCGACGCCGAGGAGCAGAAGCUCCGCUCCCACCCCGACAACUUCUUCAAAAAUGACGUCGGGCACUUCUGGGGAAUCUGGGAGACGCGUGACUACAUGAGUGCGCGGUUUGCGCUCGUCGAAGCUCUGAGGAAAAUCAAGACGCACGAUGCCGUACAGCAACAGCUGGAUCAUGCUCUGGAUCUGCUGCGACUAUGUCGAAGCGACAACAUGGCAGAAUGCUAUGACUUUGUGAAAUGGUGGAGCACGACGGGAAACGAUGCGGAUUACGAUUGGGGAGACAUGAAACUGCCGUAUCUGGAUAUCAAGAAUGCGGAUGCGUUUGAGCCAGUCGAGUACCUAUGCAGCGGAUUUCCUGACCUGAGCCACCUAGUCGCAAUUACGCUGCUGAAGAUAAGGUUGAUGCUGGACUUGAUGGCGUUGGAGGACCCGGCCACCGUGAACGAGAAGUAUCCCCGCGAAAUCUUCCACGCCACUCGGCCCUCUGCUCCACGGAGCCCGAUCGUCACUGGAAACAAGGAUAUCAUGGAACGCAAAGAUCAGCGGGCAUUUAUUGACAAGCUGGCGGAGCAGGUGGAUUUCCUGUACAAAACUGUCAACAAGGCGAACAAGCAUUUUUGGCCAAGUCUACUGAAUCCGGGAAGCCACUUGACCGCGCAACCAGUGAUGUUCAGACCUGGCGGCAUUGAGGAGAUGCAGGUGGCGCUUCAAUACUCGUAA